UGGCAGCUCUUUUACCUCUAAGUCACAGUGUUCUUGCUCUAGACUGGCCAGCAAGGUCCAUGGAAAAUGGGGUGAGGUAGCUAGGGCAGAUGUACACCUAUUUUGCAGAUGGGGACAUUGAAACUCAGAGGUCAAGUGAGGCCCAGAAGAGAAGACCAUCAUGACAGAAAGGUCUGCAGCUGUUUUCAUCCAGGCCUGGUGGCGGGGCAUGCUGGUGCGACGCACACUGCUGCAUGCAGCCCUCAGGGCUUGGAUCAUUCAGUGCUGGUGGAGGCAGAUGCUGGAGAAGCUGCUGGCAAAGAGGCGGAGGAUGGUGUUGGAGUUCUAUGUGCAGCAGGAAUGGGCAGCAGUCAGGCUGCAGUCCUGGGUCCGCAUGUGGCGUGUCCGCCAGCGUUACUGUCGUUUGCUCAACGCUGUCCGCAUCAUCCAGGUCUACUGGCGCUGGCACAGCUGCCAUUCCCGUGUCUUUAUUGAGGGUCACUACGAACUCAAAGAAAACCAACUUAAUAUUCAACUUGAAGUCUCUUUGGGCUCACAGGCUUGUAAGGUGCAACAAUGCAUACCCCUUCCAUUAAAAGAAUGACCAGGUCUGCUGUA